AUGGACGUUCAAGAUGUUACUCCUGCCACAAAAAAUCCACGUGGAAAAUUUAUUGGCACUGGUCAAAGGAAAAUGAUUAUUAAUGUAUAUAAAGACAAAGUCCAACAACAGCUUGAAAAUCCUGAGAUGACACAAUUGAACUACAGACAAAUGAUCUUAGACAUUUCAAAAUCUACCGGUAUUGGGCAACGUACGGUACAAACCACAUUAUCCGAGUAUAAGAAACAAGGUACAGUGUCAUCGCCCAACAAGAAAAAAAUUAGACCAACAGUAAUACAGAAAGUUGACGAAUUUGAUAAAAAUGCCAUCAGGCGAAAAAUUCACAAUUUUUGGAGGGCCAGCGAAGUACCAACAAUUUCAAAAAUAUUAACAGCCGUUAAUGAAGAUGAAACAUUACCAAACCUCAAACGUACGUCAUUCCAAACAGUAUUGAAGGAUUUGCAAUUCGAGUAUGUCAAAAAAAAUCGUAACAGUGCACUUCUCGAAAGAGAAGAUUUAAUAACUUGGCGCCGAAAUUAUUUGAAUAAAAUAAGGCAUUACAGAGCGCAAAACAGGCCAAUCUAUUACUUGGAUGAGACGUGGGUCAACGCAGGCGAGACGCAUAACAGAACGAGUGUCGAUAGCAUGGUCGAAUCAUCAAGUGAUGCAUUCCUUAAAGACCCCACCACAGGACAAAAGGAACCCUCCGGUAAAGGUAAGCGUCUCAUCGCAUUACACAUCGGGUCGACCGACGGUUUUGUCCCGGGGGGCCUUUUGUGUUUUGAGUCUAAAACCAAUUCUGCUGACUACCAUGAGAUGAAUGACGGUACAUUUUAUGAAUGGUUUGUUAAAAUCCUGCCAUUACUAAAAGAAAACGCCAUCAUUGUAAUGGAUAAUGCCUCAUACCAUUCCGUGAAAAAAUAUAAAAUACCAGAUAAGUCUUGGAGAAAACAAGCAAUUAUUGAUUGGCUUGAAAGUAAAGGUGUGAUCGUUACUCAUCCUAUAGUAAAAAACGAUUUAAUGAAAAAAGUAAAAAAAAUUAAAAAACAAUACGACAAAUACAUAAUAGAUGAGUACGCAAAAGACAAUAACAAAAUCGUAUUGCGAUUACCUCCAUACCACUGCGAGCUAAAUCCAAUCGAGCUCGCGUGGUCGUCUGUGAAAACUUAUGUCCGGACGCAUAACAACAGCUACAAAUUAAAGGACGUACUCAAGUUGUUGAAAAAAGGCGUGGACCACGUAACUCCAGAAAUGUGGAAAAAUUUUGUUGAACAUGUGAAAAAGGUGGAAGAAGAGUUUUGGGAAAUAGAACAUGUAACUGAUUCAGUGAUGGACGAACAACCUGAAGAAGGAGAACGUCGUGUUCUAAUGAUAAGAACAUGUGAUACAAGUUCUUCGGAUUCAGACUCAGAUUAG